AUGCCGUUGAGUAGAGAAGAGCUUCGAGCUCAAGCUCGCUAUAUUCGUGAAAAACUCGGGCCUCUCGUCAUCCGGGACGGCGCUGAUAUCUUACACCGCGAUUCGCUGGAGAACGUCGAAGCCUUUUUCUCCGAGCUGGCAAGAACAGAGGUUGAUAUAGAUAUCCUCAGGUUUACUCGGAUUGACAAAGCUCUGCUAGAGAUGAGUGCUAUGGGAUCCAGAUGGCCUACAUAUCUUGUGGACAUGGCUGAAUCAACCGUACGAGAAUGGGAGAAGAGGCUGGGAGAUAUCCGUCAUCUCCGAACAGCUCUCUGGGCACCAAGUGGUAGAAUGGUUUCGAAGGAGAAGAAAGGAUGGCUUGUCGAUAAAGGUGAUCCUGCCAAGGCACACGUCGUGGGACAUAAUUGGAUUCGCGCUGGAGACUGGUGGAUCAAACCGGCGUGCGCCUUUCGCGAUGGGGCGAUUGACAACCCCAAAGGGGGUAUCACCGCUGAUGAUGAUGGCGCAUACGCUAUCCUCUUGAGUGGAAAAGAGGAGCUAGAGGGUUCAGAGCCGAAUUCUAUCAUAUACAGACCAGACCCUACUGAUCCAAAACGAUUCAAGUUGAUGAAGAAUUUGGAAUUGCGCAUGCCAGUACGGAUGCUGCGAUCCUGGCGAUUGCAGUCUGUCUGGGGUCCAAGAGCUGGUGUAAGAUAUGACGGGCUAUACAGGGUCACGGGAUGGAGCACAAAGCUCGAGGAUGGCCUCAUUACUUUUACUUUCUAUCUUGGCCGGAAUGAAGACCAACCGCCGAUGAGCCAAGUCAUGAGACACCCCACAGCAGAAGAGAUUGAUGACUGGAAGGAUUACCAGGAAAUCAAAAGUCAAUUUCGUGGAAUAGGGCUAGCAUCUCCUCCAUCUGAGAAACAAUGGCUAAUGGAUUCGGCCCGAGACAGUGGAUAUUUUAGCAGACGCGCAUCAAAGGAAUAAGCAUGCCAAACAAGAGAGGGGAGAGGCCGAUAUUUGCAAAGAAGACAGAACAUGUACGCGAAACGCGGCAGGGGCAGAUGAUGCAAUCUGAUUAGAAGUCUGACUGCCAUGGGGAUGAAGGUAGCUUGAAAGAAUACACGCAUCAUUAAGUCAAUGAUAUCUCACCGCAAAGAAGAUAUCCAGAUGAUGAAGAUGAUGCAACAAUUGACGAAAGGAAGUGACCACAAGAAAGCACAAAAUGGAUGCAAUGACCACCCUAUAGAAGGGAUACUAUCAAUGAUGACG